AAAGACGUCCUUCCAUGGAGGAAGUUUUUCUGCAAUUGGAAUCGAAUUCCUCAAAAUUAGAUCCUAAAUACAAUGAUACUGAUCAGGAUUUUAAAGAAAAUAUUAAUAAUUAUGAUUCUAAAAGCGAUGAUAUUGAUAAUGGAAUUUCUAAAAUAAUCGAAAUGAUUGGAAGUAAAAAGUUAGAAUUGCACAUCGACAGUGAAAUCAUGUAA